AUCAGGCAUUGACUGUCUCUAUCCACAUAUUUGUGCAAUAACAUUUUGACUACAAAAAGGGCAAUUAUUAAAAGAAUCAAAAAUGACCGACUGGGUUAAAAUUGCUGAAGACCAAGAGGUACCGAAAUUGAAAAUUAACCUAAAUGCAGAUGAACCGGCGGCGACAACAGCAGCCAGCAAGGACAAUGAACCGGAUGUCGCGGACCCAGCGGAAACCAGUCUUCUUAUUAAGAUAUUGGGAAAGGGUUUGGUUAACACCAACCAGUCUUUGGACAUUCAACAAAAAAAUCCGAACUCGCCAUUGCAUUCAGUUAAAACGUUCGAGGCACUACAUCUAAAACCGGAACUACUGAAGGGCAUUUACGCCAUGGGCUUCAAUACGCCAUCGAAAAUUCAAGAAACUGCAUUGCCAACACUCCUUGCAGAUCCGCCGCAAAAUAUGAUAGCACAAAGCCAAUCUGGCACCGGAAAAACCGCAGCAUUUGUGUUGGCAAUGCUCAGUCGCGUUAACGUCGCCUUGGACCAUCCUCAGGUUUUGUGCCUGUCGCCCACUUAUGAGCUCGCGAUUCAAACUGGGGAAGUGGCCGCGCGCAUGGGUCAAUUUUGUCCGGAUAUAAAGCUGAGAUUUGCUGUUCGCGGUGAAGAAGUUGACCGAAACUCAAAGAUUACAGAACACAUUUUAAUUGGAACGCCUGGUAAAAUGUUGGAUUGGGGUCUGAAAAUGCGUCUGUUCGAUAUGAAAAAAGUUCGGGUUUUUGUAUUGGAUGAAGCCGACGUUAUGAUUGCAACGCAAGGACAUCACGAUCAAUGCAUCCGAAUUCAUAAAAUGCUCAGUUCACAGUGUCAAAUGCUAUUUUUCUCGGCAACAUAUGACAAGGAGGUUAUGGACUUUGCUCGCCUGAUUGUCUCUGAGCCAACCAUAAUUCGAUUGAUGCGUGAGGAGGAAUCUCUCGAUAACAUAAAACAAUAUUAUGUUAAUUGCAAAAACGAAGAUGGCAAAUACAAUGCAAUCCAGAAUAUCUAUGGUUGCAUUAGCAUCGGCCAGGCUAUAAUAUUUUGUCAUACACGCAAAACAGCUGCAUGGCUGGCAGCUAAAAUGAUUGCCGAUGGCCAUUCUGUAGCCGUUCUUUCUGGCGACCUGACCGUUGAGCAGAGACUCGCUGUUCUGGAUCGUUUUAGGUCCGGACAGGAGAAGGUUCUCAUCACCACGAAUGUCCUGUCGCGCGGCAUUGACAUCGAACAAGUUACAAUUGUUGUUAAUUUCGAUCUGCCUGUUGAUCUGCGCGGCAAUGCUGAUUGUGAAACAUAUUUACAUCGUAUUGGUCGGACUGGUCGAUUUGGAAAGUCCGGAAUCGCUAUAAAUCUGAUUGACGGUGAGAAAAGCAUGGCAGUGUGUCGCACUAUCGAGAAGCACUUUCAAAAGGAUAUUACUUAUUUGAACACCGAUAAUGCGGAUGAUAUUGAAAAGAUUGGCAACUAAAUCAUUCAAAUCAUUCCCCUCAUUUAGCAUUAGGUGAGCAACAUUUGUGAAAUUUCUCUUGAAAUAAAAAUAACUUCUGAAAAAAUACAGGCAGAAGUGCACGUCA